AUCGCAGAACAUAUCGGUUACGGUUGACAAACAGGUUGCCUAGUUAGGCACAGAAGUGUUGAAUGCACAAGCUAGCAAUGAACGCUCAUUAGAAGAAAUCGUCACAUCGGUUUUCAUUGUACCUUUAUCGGUUUAUAUUAUAGCUUUAUCGUGCAUAUUUAACGAAUUCUUUCGAACUGUCUUCGUGGAAACGUUUUCCCAUUGUAUAAGCGGUGUGUCAAACUGUAAUAUCUAAAAUAGAAGCUAUUUAUAUAUAUAAACUCUUUACUGAGCUCGUUACCUGCUAAGAACCGCUAAACAUACAAAAGUACGCACACAUCCUACCCUGGGGCAUUACCACCGCGGCAGGCCAUCAAUUUAGGCAACUUUAUACGUAACUUUUAUAAUCAGUACAAAAUAUGCAGUCAAUAGCAAUCGUAAAAUAUAACCGUGGUCUUGGCAUAGUUUGUUAACCAGCUUGACUGAAUUUUCUAUGUGCGUUCGGUCCUCUAAGCGAUCUCAGAUCACAUAUCCCCUGCGGCGGAGAGUUGCGUGACGUCAGCGAACACGGUGGGCUACAGGUUAAUGUUUCGAGCAGAAUUAAAGAAAGAUUUUUGACCGUAGCUCUUUGUGCCAUGACAAUAGCUUAGGUUAAAUUACCUAAUAGUACAAUACUAGCACACCAGUUCCGCUGUUUAUGGAAAACCACAUCUCGUGCGUGUACUUUCAAAGAACUAAUGCACUCAGAAUAAAAUGCUCAUAUUCUUUAAAGCUUUUUAAUUAACUUAUAGGGAUUCAGUCUUUUCUUUUUCCAGUUUCUUUUUUCUCAUUGUGUUUUCCUUCAGUAUAUCCUUAGUUCUGGUAUACUUUGAAAUAUUACAUAUAAAUACAGGCGGAUUAUUUGUGUCCUGUGACGACAAUGUUUACAAUAAUUUUAUAUUGUGGGGGCCACAUGUUAUCAUUAGCAAAGGUGCCAAAUUCGAAACCUGCAGCAGUUCCUAAGCCAGAGUUCAUUUGUCACACCCUUAACCUUUUAUCAUAUCAGAAUCUCAGAAAAGCGCAUACAUUUAUACUUUUCAUGGCCUAAUCAGUGUGUCUUGCUCGGCUGCUUCAACAUGUUCCUCGCGCCAUUUUCCACUGUUGGAGCCAUUCACUCUUGUCAGAGGAGCAGCCCUGGCAUCUGGAUCUGUGAGGAUCCCUUUGUCUCAGCUAGAAUGAGCAGGACAUAUUUCUCCAUUGAGGUUCUGAUUUGUCAGGACUCGCUGUCUCAACCAGUCAAUGGCACUGAAAGGACAAGGCAAUCGUCGACCAUUAUCAGCUUCGCAAUAUCGGCUUAGCAGCUCGUUUGUGCAAACAAGUAAACCUGCACUGCUAAUAUGGAAAUUUCGCAUCGACGCAAAGGUUGAUCUCUUCUUACGGUCGCUGUAACGACGAGGCAGAGAACUCGCAUUGGGGGGUGCCUGUUCCCUUCCAGAGCCUGGCGUGUUCUGGUCUAUCUCAACCUCUUCAGACGGCCAACAGGCAGGAGCCCACGAUAGUGGCGUAGAGCCGCUUCUCUGCUACUGCGCUGAUGCGCGCUCAGUGCAAUAAGAACGACUAGCGACAGCACCGCCACCUAGCGGUAGCCGCGUACCAGCAGCACCCGUCGUCCGCUCGCGCUCGGAACUAAGCGGCAGAGGAAGCCGCUGCAAGGGAGCCAAUCGCAUGGGGCGCCAUCUGACGAUCAGCGAACAAAUGAGUUCGUAGCCAUUGCUGCAUCUUCUCUGUCUGUCUGUCUGCUAUCGAACUGUUCGCCGCGGAUGUCACUGCGGCUGCUGCUGUUGCUACUGCAGCGGGUAGAGCAGUGGUACAUCGAGCAGAAGCCUUGUGCACUGUGUGUGUGUUGCGUGAACGUUGCAGUGGUCUGGAGCAGCUCUGCUGCUGCCACCAAUUUCUAACAGCAUUGGUCACCAGCAGUCGUAGUAAAAGCGAUAGUGGCGGCGCCUUGAACGCGCUGCUUCCUGGCUGACUGCCACCUUGGCGCGUUCAGGCAGAGGGAGCUCUGGAUGCCGCGCCGCAGCAGCCGCUGCUGCUGUCGGUGGUUCAACUGUUUGUUGUGCAGCACUAGCUCGGGCAGACGGGACCGACUAGUGGUAGCAGUAGUGAGUGGUGGUGGUGUCGUCGUGAUGGUGGUGGUAGUGGUGAUCGCAGCAGCCGUAGCUGUGCUGCGUUGUAUUAGAGGGGAAUAGCUGCAAAAGACGGCUGCGGCGGUGGCAGUAACAGCUGCGGCAACGGCAAGCGUUGACGAUUGUCGCGACACGGCCGAAACUCUUAAUCUGGCUGCCAGCGGCACGGUGCUGUUAUACACUCACAAUGAGUCGGAGCUGUUUGUAACAAAGUCGACUGCGGCCACCGUGAAUGCUACGAGCAGUCAGGGGCCGGCUUCUAGCCGUGCGUGUUUCAUCGCUGUUUCUCCGCUCGUCCACGACGAUAGCUGCUGCUACUACUACUACUACUACUACAACAAGUAACUAGUCGCUAACUGGUUUUUCUUUGUUUGGUGUGCACGUCUAUCCAUCUCGGUGGUUUGUGUGUCUCUCAGUGCGGCAGUGGAUGUAGAAAAGCAAGUUGACGGGAACUUGUACCGCUCACAGCAGCGGCAGCAGCAGCAGCAGCAGCAGCAGCAGCAGCAGCAGUAGCAACUUGUUGGAGACCGGACCCUGUUUUAACUGGUCGUCCCGGCAGAGACUGGGAGAAAACGAGCGAGACUAUCGCCCACGGAUCAACAUCACGACCGCAACCUUCGUCGCGGCGAUUGAAUAUAUAAUACAUCGACAUCACGGGAGUGUUGUGGAUGAUGCUGUAACGCCGUUGUCCUAUACAGCGCUUUACUGUUCACUCCGUGGAGACGGUUCGCGAUAGGCACUUUAAAGUGUGUGAUGUGCAAUUGCUAGUUACAACACCCGAUGGGGUCCCUACGGUGUAGCGGAGGCGGAUAGGCGAAGGGUGAAUUGCAUAGGACUCGUGAAUAGUCUGAAUAAAAGAGACAGGUAAGGAGAGGCCGUACAGGGCAACUUCGAAAACAUCAACAGCCCACAUCAGUUGUCCAGCCGACUACUGACGUAGUCGUGGAUUUUGUCGUCGUCGUCGUCAUCGUCGGUGCAGUUGUUACGGUGAUGCAUCUGUAGGUAGAAUUAAGUGGAGCACCGCAUAGCGCAGAGCAAUGCAGUCGGUCGAUCGAUGGCGCGUCGGAGUGCCUGUUGAUAUUGUUUCUGUGUUCCUAGUGAGGUAAAUAUGUUGCCACGGUCUGCUUUCGUCUUUCCAUCUUCAACGGGUCUGUGCUUUGGCCAAGCGAGUACGUGUAAUAGUACCAAAGUGUUACCCUACACACGGAGCGUGUUAGGCUGCUUGAAGAAACCCUUGGAAAGUUAUGACUGAAGUUAGUUGCACAUAUUCCGUAAACUGUACUACGUGUGAUAGAUGUGAAUCAGUGUGUGUAGCAACAUGGCGGUUGUCUGCCGUGGCUAAUAGUGUCUCCAGUUGACACGGGCUGGUUACGACAUAGACCCGUUUUCGCCGUGGCCAGUCGACAAUUUAAUUACGCCUGCUACUAUCGAACCCAGCAGCAGCAGUAGCAGUAGUGAUGGUAAAAGUAUUAAGUCUGAAGAAAUGUUCAAUUAAGGCAGUACCGGACUUGUAAUACAAAACAUUCAUUUCGAAGCUGUGUUAAAAGCGUCGAGUGCGACAAUGAUAAUGAUCUCUACUUAUGAGUGCAUUUGAAUAAAGUAGAUAGUGUUGUAGGAUAUCUAAGUGGCCCACCGAGCCAAAAUUAUGGGACAGCCCGAAGCAUCUUCGAUAUAAAUAUAUAGUAGAUCUAUAGGUCAUAUCUGGGUGAUGAUCUCUGUGCCGGUGGGACUCGCGGAGUGCUUUGAAUCCACAAUACUAGCAUAAUCAUGUAUAUUCAAUGAGUUAUACAGUCAUUGUGUUACAGUUAUUGACAUCGUCUUUGCUGACUCGUUUGUUUGGGUCAAGACGCACGCUUCAGUCUCUGAUGUCGUCGGCGUGAAACGUCGCGUCUGGACAGCGACCAACAGUAACUGAAACCGUGUUCUCAUUCUUCGUCGCCUUCUCGGCUGCUGCAGCCGCUGCUGCUAUCAUCGUGUGGCACAAUGAUAUCGCUCCAUCUCAGCGCUCAGCGCUGUGGCGACGUGUAAAGCGCUGUGCGACUGUCUGUCUGUCGGUCGGUCGGUCGGUGCGCGCGUGUCAUUGUGUGAAAACAUCGCUCAAAUGUCGGCGCGAUUCUCACCAUCCACGACGGCCACCGUCUACAACCAUUACGAGUACCGAUACUAACUGUUACGUUAUCUACCCAAACUAUCAGACAGAGCGUUUCCGAGGCUGUCGUGUAGCGGAACAGUUAGCAACUGGUUAACUACUAGGAACUAGCUAGCACUAGUUAGCGGUAAUACGCCGACGCCGCGUCCCUACGGCGGGCAGUACCUUUGCAGCGAGAUCUGCAACGAAAAAGGCUGAGUCGUUCUCAUUUUUCGUUAAUGACAGUUCGCAUUGGUCACCCUUAUGGUGUUUAAAGAUGACUUCGUUAUCGUCGUCGUCAUAUUUCUUAUGUACGUCGACAAUGUCUUGUUGAUGCUGCUGCUGCGGCCACUCUCGUUCUAUUGUCACUUCUCCCUCGUCCCUACGGUAUCGGUAUGAUCGCGGAAGCCACAUAGCCUACGAAACACGCUAAUACUUGUAGCUAUACGUUCACCAGCUAGAACGGUAGAAGGCGUACUUGCCACUGGAAGGUCCGUUCGUCCGUGCACUUAGCUUUAUUCGACAGUGGUCGCGCUAUACUAGCAGCACUCUACGCUUCUCCCCUAUGCUUCCGCGGUGAUGGUACGCCGUGCGUGCGUGCGUGCGUGUCCUGAUGACGGUAGCAGUGAUUUUUAGCCAGUCGCUGCUUCAUACUAUGGCUCUCUUCUCUCCUGCGGCGAUUAUUUAAAGGAUGACGACGUUUCGCUAUUCAGCUAAAGCAGCCGGCCGCUGAGUGAGCGAGUGUUUGAGCCAGUCUGGCGGCGGCUGUUGGCUAUCGAGAGCAACAGAGAGUUACGCUAAUCCUGUUGUGGAUGAUGUUGCUGCCGCCGCCGCCGCCGCCGCCGCCGCUUAUGCGAGAUAAGCAGACACGGAGGGAGUCCGUCAGAGACAGACAGAAAACAGAGUCACACACCAAUGUGCGAUGGCGGCCGCAGCAAGAGUGGGGUGGCAGAGAACCACUAACACUACUAACCGGCGACCUGCCUCAUGAUGCCAAUAAUAAUGAUGAUGAUGGCGGUGGUGUUGAUGAUGAGAAUGAUAAUAAUGGUGCGAUGAUCAUAGUGAUAAGAGUGGCGGUUCUGUGCGUGAGUGACUAUUCAGUUGGCGCCUGUUUCUAUUACUGCUGCCGCCUCUGCUGCCACAGUCAACAGCAGCUUCAGAGAGGUCAGGCAGUGAGCAACAAUCGUCGUGGGAAUUGUCAAAUAGGUAGUAUGCAAUUCAAGGUAGAGGACCGGUGUUGAACAAAUCAUAACACAACCAAACUUAGCGUAGUACAAAUACAGCAAGAAAAGAAUAACCGCCAAGCUGGAAGCACAGAUGCAUGCGUUGGCUUCAGUUCAUCAUCAUCAUCCUGUUUUAUGAAUUGAUUUGUGUCAAGCGCGAAAUGGUCUACGAUGCGUGAUUGGUGAUACUUGUAAAUGGGCUAGCGUCACAUCGAACUCAAGGCAGAUGUUGAGGAGAGAUACGCUUGAUAAAACAAGUGUCGCUAACGUGUACGCACACCUUUCAGCCAUAUGUGACGCAACUGGCCAAUAUAUAGAGGGUCAUAAUCGCCGUUGUUGGCAGAGUUAUCAGAGCCACUAGACCGUACCUAAUUCUUCUUAAACGAAUUUUUAAACGUUAAAAGUUUUAAUUGCAAGCCUGUACCUUGCUUUUUUGCUAAUGCACUGCAGAAGCUCGAAAAUCUACUCCUGAACAUCGUCUUUUGAAUUACACUGAUUUUAUUAGGCUAUCCAGCGACAUAAAACUAUUUGAAAUGUGACUGGAUAGAAUAGAGAAUAUCGGCUGCUGAGGAACGGGCAACAGCAGCUGAUUAACCAGUCACGUAGAGCGACUCUGUGCUUCUGUUACGCUCACCUCUGGCCCCUCGGCGUUCUUUGGAUAAUCUACAGCUGAUGCUUCGAAGGCGGCGCUGCAAAAACGACUCUCAGCUAUCGGUCCCAGAGCAGAACUUCAGAGUAGCUGUCGACAAGAGUCUGGUCAAGCAAGCUACUAUAUUCGGAAACCGCAAGAAUUCUGCUACUAUUUUCCUUAACUGUCAACUUGUUUCACGUCGUUGUGCAUUAAUUUUGAUCGGAGCGGUAAGAAAAUGACACAAUGGCGGCAGAGAAGAGUGCACGUAGUAAAAAUAGACUAUGCCUUGAGCUUGGCGAUGAUACUGGGACAAAGGAACUUAAAGUAACUUUGCAAAUUGUGUGUAAUCUGUGUAAUCAUUUCUGCUUUUGCUGAUUUUCAGUUUACAAAAUACGGCAGAUCUAUUUGUUCAUUAAUCAGAUAUUCUUGUACUUGCUACAUGUAUCUAUUAUAUAUCAACAUGAGUGGUUUCAACGUUCACUAUGAGUGACUCGUGCAGAUGUUUAUUUAUAUUUAUAGACAAUGGUGCAUUAUUUAUUCGACUCGACGGUUGAAGUUCCAUUAGUGGAGCUUGUUGUUUGUUUUCAGUCUAACCAAGUGUAUCAUUUAUGUUACGCGCCAUGCAGUAUGUACUCCUAAUAAUCUUUGUCCCUGUCUGUUUUUCUAGGUAACGACUUGGCAACAGAAUGGCCAUGGAGUCUGCUGGCGAUACCAUGGAGAUCGACGAGCUGACCUGCACAGAGACCGCAGUGGACGUGCAGUCCGUUGAUGGUGGAAUUUCGUGCGAAGAAGAUCACGUCUCUGCGGGCGCCGCGGGAGGACCCGGCACGAGCAACGGUCAUUCUCAGCAUCUUCAUAGCUGCCGACAAAAUCACCUGAAUCCUCAAAAUGGACAACAGCAGCAGCAACAAACUCUACGUCAAAAGUUCUUACAGCGGGACGGUACAAGUCAGCUUCGCCUACAUAACGAAAACAAUGUUGCAGUAGUAAUUGAUAAUAACGGCCAUAUUGUUAACAGACAUCACGAUGGAGAAGUAGUUAAUGGAGAGACGAUGGUUCAGGGCCCCAAAUGGAAGGAAACUGAUGAUGGACAUGAGAUGCGCGGAGAAGGUUCAAUCGAGGAGGAGGGCGAUGACGUUGAAGAGAGCAUUCGGGGCGGUAAUGCAACAGCCUCUUCGACAAACGGGACCAAUGGGCAAAAGGAUCAGGCUGAGCCUCCUCACCUCCCGGGAGAAUACCAAUUCCAGUUACUGCCAAUACAUGUACAGCAACGAGGAGAUGCUCGUACUGGAGUAUUCAAAGUAUUUAAGUGCGAUAUAUGUGCUAUGGUUUACCGGCACGUCUUCUCAUUGAAACGGCACUUCCUUCGCUGUCACAUUAACUACAAGUACUUGACAGCGACGGAUAUCACCAAUUGUGGUAUCCAUCUACAAGUAAUUCAAGCAGCGCAAAGUAGUACUAUGCGCAAUGGAGAUCAUCUGUACAGAUGUCACGUUUGCAAUAACCUCUUCGCACAACGAGAACAGCUGCGUCAGCACAUGGAGACCCACACGACAGGCAAAGAAAAGCGGGCGGCAAAUGGAGUGGCCUGCAGCAAGUGCAGUAGUGCCUUUACAGAUCGGAAGAGUUUGUUGCGCCAUCAGCAAACGGCUCACGGUCUUACUAGUGGGGCGACGAACGGCGCGAGCAAUGCUUCAUCAAGCAAUGGCCGGACAGGCCACAGCUCAACAACUCAAGUCACGGGAACGCCGAUGGGCACUUCGUCCGUCGCAAAUAAGAAGUCUCUGUCGUGUCGCCAUUGCGGCAAGAUUUUUAUCGGCAGUCAGGAAGCGCGAACACAUGAGCGCCUCCACGAGGCUGUCGAUACCACCUGUCGUGUAUGUAAUCGCAAAUUUUCAUCGAAUGAGUGGGUUAUACAUAAAACAAGCACCCACCCAGAUUCUAAUCAUAUCUGCUCGUACUGCGACAUACUUCUGCCAGAUGUUGGCGCGUUGGGACAGCAUCUGUUCCAAGCACACAAUAAAACUUAUUCGGAGAACAUGCGUCUGAUAAAUGAUAAGGAAAAUGGAAACUGCUCAUUACAGCUCACACAGACAGCUGGAGCUAGUGGAGGUGUUGGUGGAGGUAAUAGCGCCAUCAGUGGCGGGGUUCAUGUGAAAAGCGAGCCCGGUACCAGUGGGGUAGCGUUAGAGAGUAGACCAGAUCGCCCUAUCGAUACGACAGUCAGCUGUGAACAAUGCAACAAGAGUUUUACGUCGCUGGUAAACCUGCAAAGGCACAAUACCGUUGUGCACAUCAAGCAGCUCGAUAAACGCUCACCACAAGAGCAAAAAUCUCGAGCUGUAAGCAGUAGCAACAGUAGCAAUAAUCAGCGCUCACCAUCCGAGGAAGAAUUCUAUCGCACCCUUGGUCACCGAAUUUCGGAAAAUUUGCAGUACCAUAUCGACGGCCGUUUGCCAGGCUCAAGCCAAGCUUCGGCAUUCGAGCCUGAACGGGUCGAAGCAAAUAACUGCAUGCCAUGGCUUGUGAACAAUUUCCCACCGACAUUGGAUAUCACCCAUAUUGUACAAAUCUAUGCAAAUCGGCCGGCGCUCUCAUCAACAAACGCUGCGUUGACGGCACACCCAAUCUCUGCUGGUUUAGUAGCUCCGGAGUCGGCAGCGCCUCCCGGAGAGGAACAAAUCGCUUUAGGUGCUUGUCUUGGUCUUAACCCUGUUGUCAAGAAAGAAAUCAAACGAGAAUCGCUAACGCUGUUUAUAUGCCAGGUAUGCAGUUGUACGGCAACCUCGCUCAGAGAGAUCACAGAACACAAGAUGACCAAUCAUCCGAACGUAGUCGCAACACACUUGGAGCUGGAAGGCCACUCCUCAGCACCUCCCGAACUUCUUAUGCAGUUUGGAGCAAAUAUGCGACCGUCUGGUAUUUUAGGGCAAUCUACGACACCGGCUGUCGUUCGGAGUACGUCAGGGAUACAUAAGUGUACUAAGUGCUCUCGCAUGUUCGGAAGGACAUCCGAUCUGCAUAGUCACAUCGUGCAAUGCGGCCAAGCGCAAGGUGUGACUAGUCUCGGUAUCCAAAGACCAUCUUCACCUCGUCAGAUUAAACAGCGCAAAUUUGGCCCCGUGCUUAACACAAAGCGUUGUGAUGACGGAAGCUCAACAAUGGGAGGACCACUCAACGGAACCGAUUAUGGCAAAGAGGACCCAAGACGCAAGCGUAAACCUGAAGAUCGACCCCAGAGACGCUCCGCUCGCUCAACAUACAAUGGAGGUUCUUCAGAGUGUAGCACUUGCGGACAGAGCUUUCCGUCUCAGGCGUCGUUACGUAAGCAUAUGCUUGAUGAGUGUCGCGAGGAGCAGAGUUACCGUCGAAGGAAAAAGAAAGACAAAGAUUCGCCUACGGCCACCCCAACUCCAGAAUUGAUUAAGGUACCAGCCACUGGAGGUGUUGAUGGCUGGGGUGAGGACUACCUUGACGGAAAAGGUCCAGAGCAGCUGCAAUGUAGAGAUUGCUCAGCCACAUUCCCGUCCCUACAAGUGUACAAACGGCACCUAUCACAAUGUCCUUGUUCAGCGGCGUCCCGGCAAAAAACCCUGCUGCUUCUGCGAACAGCUGAAAGCUCAGACGUGACAACAACUGGAAGCGGUGUGUCCCCGCUGGAUGGCACUACAAGGGUGGCUGGAACUGGCGGUGGUAUGAGCUCGAUGAAUCGAAGCCAAUUUGAAGAAAUGACAAUGCUGGGGCUAGCGAGACGUGCGGAAAGGGAUCGUCAAAGGGAUGGAGCAACCGAUCGAGACCGUGAUGAAAACGGCGAUGUAUACGAAGAUGAGGAGGAUACCAAGGUCUACCGAUGCGAAACAUGUCAGAUGGGUUUUGGUGAUUACGUUAAAAUGCUGCAUCAUUCUAUGCAUGAACAUGGCGCGCCGAUUCCCGAGGUGUCAGAUAUGCGAGAGGCCAGGGAGUUGGCCGGUUCACGAGCAACACACCAAAAUGGAUUACAGCGCAAUGGACAUGCACUACAGACUGCAUCAAAUUAUUCCAAUAACGGGGCAAGUCGAAAGGACUACCACAGGCUCAACGAAAUGCAUGAAGAACAGGUCCAAGAUCACAAAAACGAAACCGAGUACCAGAAUCAGCCCCCUCAAUUGUCAAUAUACGACUCCGAAGACCUUCGAGACAAGGAACGAAUCGCAAUCGAAGCUUUAUCGGCUAUUUGUGGGGCCGGAUCAUUCUUCGGUGGUUUCAGUCGGAGCAACAACAACAAUAACAACAAUGAUGACUCUAACAAGUUUCCGAAUCGGCACCCCCAACCCCUCAUGGAUCACCGUUACUGAACGAUGCAAAUCGCUAUCGGUUGUGUGGCUGACCUCACCGAAUGAAUUCGUUAUGUCAUGUGAAAUACAGGAUGAGCAUGCCGCCAACAAACAUUUACCGAUUUCAUUUGGACUGCCCUAUGGUGCCACCCCUUACCAUGUGGAACUGCGUUUCUUAAAGAACGAUCGUCAUUUGUAUAUUUUUUUCUUGUGAGAUGAUCGUCGCUUAGAGAUCACAGUCCAUUUCUCGCCCUUAGUGAUCUCUGCGCCACAUAAAUAAACCUUCGACCUUGCUCUACGAGCCCGCGCGCCCAGCCUGUAUAAAUUCUACCUGAAUAUUUAAAAUAUUCACAUAUCUUCGGAGCUACCAAGAAUAGGCAUCACCGUUAACUAAUUGUCGUAAAUUACAGAAAUCAACAUGUUAUGCGCCAUGCCAUAGAAUACGUGACGUAUUGACGGAGCUUGUCAUCAUACUUGAAUAUUUAUCCCCUAAAGAAGGUGUAUCUGUUUACCUCUGGAUACGAUGGUCUGAGAGGAAUAGCAAAAUAGGAAAAAUAGAGUAUAACCUCUGAAAAAGUCUGUUGGCCGCGUAGGACUGAAUGGUAAUCAUUCCUUACUUCAAACCAGAGGAGUUUUGUAAUUAUAGGGUUGUUAUUACUACUAUUAACUAUUAUUUUCCUUGUUCUUAUUAUUGGUUUGAACCGUUUCGAGGGCAUUUUUUGUGACGGAAAUACACAACGCCGCAGCGAUUGGUGUCGUGCAAGCUCAAGUAAAUCUAGCAGGGGUCAACAUCGACGAUACGGGACGACAUGUAGAAUGUCCAAGCGUUGCUGUUGUUCUUGUAUGAUAUCAUUAUAUACUAUUCUCGUUAUUAUAAAUGUACGAUUAUUGUGAUGACUAAUAUAAAUGGUGUUGGUGCUGAAAAUCUCGGUGAACGGGCGAAUAGCACAAAACCACGUCGCAGAAAAAAAGUGAUACUUUUCCUGUCGGCUGUAGAUUUAACUGCCCUUAGCCUCAUUGAGAAAAAGGGCUAGGUACGACUCCAGGAAAGAGCGCAACGAUCGUUAGUAUCAGCAUUCAUCUUCUUACUAAGACAAGUAAAUAAUUUAACUUUGUUAAUGGUGCCAAAGGUCUGUUGACCUUUUGCGAUCAAGCCGGCAAACGCACGAUUUGCGUGCACGAUCCCGAUCUCUUGCCAUUUCUAAAACGAGAGUUCCUGGGAGCCAGACAGUUCUCGAGUUCUCAAGAUUCGAAUAUCGGAUACAAA